AUGGCUUCCAUAAAACCUACAAUUGCCAUUACCCAAGCUCGCACCUUGACCGACGACGCACUCAGUAUCGGCAAAGAAGUUGAGCAUCUUAUUGACCAAGGGAGGACGGUGGUUGUCUUUAUGCAUUCGUAUGGCGGCCUCGUCGGGAACGAGGCUAUCCCGCAACGCCUCAGCUACAGCAGUCGUCGCGCCCAAGGUGAGCAGGGCGGCGUGCUUCACCUAUUCCUCUGCACCGCGUUCCUGCUUCAGAAGGGCCAGACGGUUUUGAGUGCGUUUGGGGAGUCACCCAACAACGAUAUCGGACCCGACGGCGGCUUCGCCAUCAAAGACGGAGCGAGCAAACUCUUCAAUGACCUCUCAGACGCAGAAGCCAAACUGUGGGAAUCUCGACUGGUGCCACAGUCCUACAGAGUGCAGACCACGCCCAUCACCGGCACGGCGUACGAGUACAUCCCGUCUACGUAUCUGACCUGUGAGAAUGACCAGGCAGUGCCGCCCCAGUUCCAGGAGAUGUUUGCGACUAUGGCCAAGUCCGAAGUGCAACGGUGCAGCGCAGGACACUUGGCGAUGCUGAGUCACGGGGAUGUGGGUGGGAAGAAUUGCGGCGGCGGCUGA